UCCGGCGCCGGCGCCGUCUGUGGCCGCGGUGGUCUGGUGCCGCAGCUAACGCGCCGCGAACUUCGGAGUCCGGUGAGGCUGGGCGCGGGGCGCCGUCCCCGAGACAGCCCGGGAGUCCGCUGUCCCCUUGCUGCCGGGAGUGCGCAGGUUGGCCCACCCUGGUGGGGCCGCCGCCGCCGCAGGAUGAACUGUCGCUCGGAGGUGCUGGAGGUGACGGUGGAGGGCCGGCAGGUGGAGGAGGCCAUGCUGGCUGUGCUGCACACGGUGCUGCUGCACCGCAGCACGGGCAAGUUCCACUACAAGAAGGAGGGCACCUACUCCAUUGGCACCGUGGGCACCCAGGACGUCGACUGCGACUUCAUCGACUUCACCUACGUGCGCGUGUCCUCUGAUGAGCUGGACCGCGCCCUGCGCAAGGUUGUCGGGGAGUUCAAGGAGGCCCUGCGCAGCUCCGGUGGGGACGGGCUGGGGCAGAUGUCCCUGGAGUUCUACCAGAAGAAGAAGUCCCGCUGGCCCUUCUCGGACGAGUGCAUCCCGUGGGAGGUGUGGACGGUGAAGGUGCACGUGGUGGCCCUGGCCACGGAGCAGGAGCGGCAGAUCUGCCGGGAGAAGGUGGGCGAGAGGCUGUGCGAGAAGGUGACCAACGUGGUGGAGGUGAUGAACCGGCACGAGUACCUGCCCAAGAUGCCCACGCAGUCCGAGGUGGACAACGUGUUCGACACGGGCCUGCGGGACGUGCAGCCCUACCUGUACAAGAUCUCCUUCCAGAUCACCGACGCCCUGGGCACUUCCGUCACCACCACCAUGCGCAGGCUCAUCAAGGACACCCUGGCUCUGUAGCCCUGGCCGGAGCCCAGGGAGCUCCCGCUGGGACCCGCACCGGCAAACUCGGGGCGCCGCCGAGGGGGCUGCUGCCAGAGGCCGCGUCCUACACACCCCCUGCGGGGCUCUCUGCCGUCCCCGCGUGGAAGCACGCCACUGGGUCGGGGAAUAAAGUUGAGAGUGCGA